GUGUUUUUGUGAUCCUUCGCUGACAAAUUUUUGGUGUGCGGUUUCUCGUGAGUCGGGUUCGACUGAGCGGUAGAUUAAAAAUUAAAGGUUUUGAGCAUUUAGUGAAAUUUCCUGAUUAUUUACAGUUUGUGGAAUAUAAUAGUAAGUUUGGUGGACAUUUCUCUGUGAAAACUAAAAGUUUGUUCCCGAAAUCUGUCGUUUCGGAAGGGUGGUGAACACGGUCACAAAGAAAAGGUAUUUCGACGAGGUUAUUUCGUUUCGCGUUUCGGAAGUUCAAUAACUGGUUUAACUCGUGCUGUAACGAUCAAGAAAUGAGCACGCUCAACAAGCCCGUGGUCACGACCGAGAACGGUGGAAUCCACAGCGAACGCGUGGUUAUCCUAGACGCCGGAGCACAGUAUGGCAAGGUGAUUGAUAGAAAAGUACGAGAGUUGCAAAUCAAAUCGGAAAUUUUGCCUCUGGAUACAUCAGCUCAAAAAGUUAAAGAACAAGGCUUUCGAGCUAUUAUUAUCUCCGGUGGCCCCAAUUCCGUGUAUGCGGACGAUGCACCCCAGUAUGAUCCGGAUAUUUUCAAAAUAGGUUUACCGAUUUUAGGAAUUUGUUAUGGUAUGCAAAUGAUCAACAAGGAAUUUGGAGGAUCUGUGCAUAAGAAAGAUAUUCGUGAAGAUGGUGAACACAACGUUGAAGUUGAAACAACGUGUCCUUUAUUUAGUCGUCUUACACAAGUGCAGACAGUGUUGCUAACGCAUGGUGAUAGUAUCGAUCGGGUAGGCCCCAAACUAAAAGUUUGUGCCUAUUCCUCGAACAAAAUAGUAGCUGGUAUUUACAAUGAACAGAUGCGAAUCUAUGGCGUCCAGUUCCAUCCAGAGGUGGACCUAACUGUAAAUGGUAAACAAAUUCUAUCAAAUUUUCUGUUCGACAUUUGUGGUCUGACAGCUGGCUUUACUAUCACUAGCCGGAAAGAAGAGUGCAUAAAUUAUAUCAAAGAAAAGGCAGGCUCCAGUAAAGUGCUGAUGCUGGUGAGUGGAGGUGUGGACUCUACAGUUUGUGCUGCUUUGCUACGCACUGCCUUAAAACCUGAACAAGUAUAUGCUGUCCAUAUAGAUAAUGGUUUUAUGCGUAAGAAUGAGAGCACGGCAGUAGAAAAAUCUCUUCGGGAACUCGGUUGCGAAUUGGUGGUAAAAGAUGCCUACUACAAGUUCUCCAGAGGUGUAACUACCAUAAAAGUACCCGGAUCGUUAUAUAACCAGGACACCCCAAUGCUCUGUCAAACAAUUAGCCCAGAAGACAAACGUAAAAUUAUCGGUGACGUUUUUGUCAAAGUUUCAACUGAAGUGCUCAAGGAACUGAACCUUAAUCCGGAUGAAGUUUACCUAGCUCAAGGUACUCUUAGGCCAGAUCUUAUCGAAUCUGCUUCAUCGUUGGUAAGUUCCAAGGCCGACACUAUCAAAACCCACCACAAUGACACAGAACUGAUUCGACAAUUAAGAGAUGCUGGAAGAGUUAUUGAACCGUUGCAAGAUUUCCAUAAAGAUGAAGUAAGGCAACUAGGCUAUGAACUCGGUUUACCUGCUCAUCUCGUAGAGCGGCAUCCAUUUCCAGGACCAGGUCUAGCAAUUCGGGUUCUAUGUGCAGAAGAGGCUUUCAUGAAGGAUUAUUCGGAAACUCAAGUUAUUGCAAAGGUGAUAGUAGAUUACAAACGAAAACUGGAACAGAACCAUGCAUUGUUGAAUCGAGUGUCAGGGACGACAUCUAAAGAAGAACAGGACGAGCUGUGUCGCAUUUCCAGUUGUAUCAAACUAAACGCUACUCUUUUGCCAGUUCGAAGCGUAGGAGUGCAAGGUGACAAACGAUCAUAUAACUAUGCAGUAGGUCUGAGUAGCAACGAUCAACCAAACUGGCAGGACAUGAUGUUCCUGGCCAAACUUAUUCCCCGCAUUCUCCACAAUGUAAAUCGGGUGUGUUAUAUUUUCGGGGAAGCAGUACGAUAUCCCGUUCAGGAUAUCACUCACACUCUGCUGACGCAAAACGUAGUUGCACAGAUUCGACAAGCAGAUCAUAUCGUUAACAGGAUUCUUCUCGAACACGAAUGCAUGCGUAAGAUAUCGCAAAUGCCUGUCAUCCUGAUACCGGUGCAUUUUGAUCGGGAUCCCGCACCCAAGACUCCAUCCUGCCAACGAUCGAUUGUACUGAGACCAUUUGUGACCAAUGAUUUCAUGACCGGUGUUCCUGCUGUUCCCGGCACUGACCGGUUGCCUCUACCGGUCCUGCACAAAAUGGUUGACGAAUUAAGCCAGAUGAGUGGCAUUUCACGAAUUCUGUUGGAUCUCACCUCGAAACCACCAGGCACGACCGAAUGGGAAUGAUUACCCUGACCUCACCCAACCGCCCCCAACACCACACAGUAACAACAGACUCAGAAGCACGACGCCUCUUCCACAGCAUAUGCGUGCAACAACCUACACCACUUUCCUCCCUCCAUUAUCCUCUUCCUUUUCCACAGACAACGGCUGUAGUAGAACAUCUUGCUGGUAUCAUAGUUGAUCUUCUUUUACCACUAGGUCACUGAAGUGAAAAAUCGACAUAGAAUUUUGUAUAGCGAGACGAUUGUAAUAUACAAUGAACAUUGUUAAUCACCUGUAUUUCAUUGUAUUAACUAAGCAGAGUUAAUCUUGGUGUAGAUGAAUUAUACUGAGGAGCGGUUAAGAAUCGCUUAGUUAUUAAAGAUUUUGUAGCAGACAGGUGUUGAAAGAUUGAAUGCCCUGUAGCACGUUAGGAAUAUCUACUUAUUAGUUCUGUAUCACAUAAAAAGCUCUCGCGCAUGAUGUAACUAUCAGCAAAAAUCUCUCGAGUAUGUUUGUCAAGAUUUUUGGAAAUCAAAGUUCCGCACGAGCACGAACUGCUCAACCUAUUGUCGGUGCGCUGUGUAUCCUUCGAGGAUAAGCCCACAAGAUGGUUAUAAAGAAAUCAGAGCCAUAGCAUAUUGGGCAAAAAAAUUUAAUGGUGAGAUACGUAGUCACCAAAAUCAAAGCAAAAAUACUAUUUAAAAUUUUCUAUUGUGAAUAACAUGUUUGCUUUAGACGUAAACUUUCUCGUAAAAAGUGGAACGAACAAACAUGCAACAUGAACAAGCGAUUACAGCUUCAACAGUGCAACAGUGAAAACCAUAAAGCAAACCAGUGGAGAGUUUAUCCUGAACACGGAGCUGAAUUUGAUUUAUAAGAAAAAAAACUAAACAA